CAAAGGCAGCAGUGAAGAGCAACAAAUUAAAGAUGUUUUGACUGAAUAUACACAGGCAUUAUUGGACUUUACUUACUUUGAAGAAAACAAGUUAGUGGAUGAAGAAUUUCCAGAAUCAACUGCCAAGGAAAGACUCCAUCAUAUAUUAGGUUAUCUAAACAAGGUACACAUCAUCGUCAGUGACAUCUUUGGUAGUGACGCAGACAUGAUAGAUGUACUUGGGGUUGACAUAGUGGAAUGUUUAUACUGGAGAAAAGGAGCCUUGUAUUAUAUGUACUCACACACUGUCAAUCAAGACAAAGACAGAGUCAAAAGAAACUUACAGGAUUUUACACAGUCAUUGCGUGAUGGAGUAGAGUUUCUGACUAAGAUGAGCAACUUAAGGGUGCCAUUAUCGGAGCAAGAACAAGUUGAUUAUAAUGAUGAAUGUACCCUGAAGUUGAUACAACAAGGUAGGUAUGACUAA